UUCAUACUUUAAAACCACGACAAGCGACACCGAGCGUAAAGUAAAAAACAAUAAUCGCUGGCUAACCAGCCAGCACUUCGUCCCUUUUGUGGCUAGCUACGCGCUACAACUGGCACGACCCUCCUCCCAGCGUAAACGGCAUCGCGCAUGCCCAGUGGAGACAUUCCAACUGCAUUGUGGGAAAUGUGGUACAAGUCGGCAAAAACAAUGCGUUACAAAACCCAGACACCAGCGUGCUCAUGUAACUGGUUGCAUAAAUGGAAACACCGGACUCACCAACGCGUUUCUGGUAACCGGACUGCUAUAAAGCCAGUUAACACUCCUUCGUUUACCAUUUCUGUCGGUUAGCUCCAAAUACUUCUUCCAGACCGAUUUCAAGUUUUAUUCAUUGCAUGCUUCACUGCAUUUGGAGGAGCUCAUCCUGUUCCUCUUUAGCGAGACCUUUUUUGAGGCUUGUUGCCCGCAGUACUCGGAGGCCGACCUCAGUUUUCUGCUGCAGGAUCAAGCCAUUCACCGGUGAAGCCAUCAUGUCAGAGAAGAAACGCAAAGCAACAUCUGCUGCUGCUACCAAAGAGCCCAGCGCCAAGCAGCUGAAGGUGGCCGCCGCGAAGGAGCAGGGCUGGCUGGAGGACAUGGUGCAGCAGCAGAGGAGUGAGAAGAAGGAGAUGAAGUUCAACAAAAAGCGCCUCCGUUUUAUAUCUGACACUGAGAAGAUGAAGCAGGGCUCAGAGGGUGUCCUGUACUGGAUGUCAAGAGACCACAGAGUACAAGAUAACUGGGCGCUGGUCCACGCCCAGCGGCUUGCUGUGAAGGAGAACCUUCCUCUGCACGUCUGUGUCUGCCUGCUGGUCCCAAAAUCAGAGCUGUCCACCCUGAGACAUUACAGCUUUAUGCUGAAAGGUCUGGAGGAAGUUGCAAAGAAAUGCAAAUCCUUAAACAUCCAGUUCCACUUGUUGCGUGGUUCAGCGGGGGACGUUAUUCCUGGCUUUGUGUCAGACCGCAGCCUGGGGGCUGUUGUGACAGACUUCUCCCCCCUCAGAGAGCCGCUGCAGUGGUUGGAGGACGUCAAAAAGAAGCUUCCGAAGGACAUUCCCCUCAUACAGGUUGACGCCCACAAUAUCGUCCCCUGCUGGGUAGCAUCACCUAAACUGGAGUAUGCCGCCAGGACCAUCAGAGGAAAGAUCACCAAACUUUUGCCAGAGUUCCUCACUGAUUUUCCUCCAGUAGAGAAACACCCCUACACAGCUACAAGAACCGCCAAGCCAGUAGACUGGGACGAAACCCUAGCCUCCCUGCAGGUUGACAGAACAGUAGGCGAGCCGGAGUGGGCUAAGCCAGGCACCAAGGCAGGGAUGGCCAUGCUGGAGUCCUUCAUUGAUGUACGCCUUAAACUGUUUGACAGCCAACGCAACGACCCAAACGCUGCCGCCCUCAGCCAGCUCUCCCCCUGGAUCCGCUUCGGCCACCUGUCAGCCCAGCGCGUGGCUCUACAGGUGCAGCGCAGUGGGAAGAGCACAGGUCAGCCCGUCGCCUCCUUCAUCGAGGAGCUGGUGGUGCGCAGGGAGCUGACAGACAACUUCUGCUUCUACAACAAGAAAUACGACAGCGUGGAGGGUGCGUAUGAGUGGGCUCAGAAGACCUUAAAAGAUCAUGCCAAAGACAAGAGGCCGUAUCUGUACACGCGUGAGCAGCUGGAGAAAGCAAAGACCCACGACAAACUCUGGAACGGCGCUCAGUACCAGAUGGUCUCUGAGGGGAAGAUGCAUGGUUUCCUGCGGAUGUACUGGGCCAAAAAGAUCCUGGAGUGGACGUCUUCACCCGAGGAGGCGCUCUCGAUCGCUCUGUACCUGAACGAUCGCUAUGAGCUGGAUGGCCAGGACCCCAAUGGCUUUGUCGGUUGUAUGUGGUCUAUCUGUGGCAUCCACGACCAGGGCUGGGCCGAGAGACCCAUUUUCGGAAAGAUCCGCUACAUGAACUACAAAGGCUGCCUUCGGAAGUUUGACGUCGCCCGGUUUGAGCGAAAGUACUGUCCUAAAAACCUGUGAAGUGUAAAAUGUUUUUGAAGGACAGGAAUAAGAUCCCUGACAGCGUACAGCUCUCACACCAUUACCUCAGGGAGCAUCUGCAGCAGUGGAUCCUCUUCUUGUCUUUGUUCUCACUGUUGCCUUGUUUACUGAUUAUUCAGACAUGUUUCUGCUCAUCAUGACUGUCUCCUUCUACUUCACUGUACAGUGGACUGUUGCCUAACUUAACAUUGGAUCUGUAGUGACGAACUGUGGUGCCUACUUAGUGAGCAACUUUUUACUUUUUGUUAUUUGACUUUUAUAUUACUUUUUAUACUUUGUGUUUCAGCAGAGUCCACAACACAUACUGUUCUUUUAGAGGAACUCGGAGGAUUUCACUCCUUUGUCUAAAAUGCCAGCGUUUCAUACCAGAUUGUAAAUAAAUGAAAGUCACAUUUU